AUGGCUGAGCCGUCGACCCCCGCCCCAGCUGCUCUCAGGUUCCGUUCGUCUCUCUGGGUACCCUCGGAGUACGACUUCCUCCCGGCUGCGCGCUCAAUUCGCGACGCCAGCUGGAAACACUUCGUCGCUCACAAGGCUAUCAGGUCCGCGGUCAGUCUGGGUAACGGGACGUACGCGGUGUCGCCCAACGCGACUUACGUCCCCGCUCUGCCCCCGAGCCAUACGGACCAGGAGGAAAUACUAUCGGAUGGGCGACGUGGUCUGUUCGAGCCGGGAUAUCACCCGCAGUACUGGAACAACGCCAGCGGGCACUUGCCCUUCAUCUACGAGAUCCCCGAAGGACCGGAGGGACGCGAUCCCGCCUUCGUCACGAUUGACUGUCGGAGACGCGGAGUCCCUGUGACUUUCCGAGCCUCCAACAAUGGCAGCGGGAAGGGUCUCCCAAUCCGCGAGUUCGUCGAAGCUCUCCAAGCUCUCUACCGAGCUGAGCUUGAGCGGGCAGAAGGGUACUUCCUGAAAGAUCGCGAGCCUCCACUCGCUCUCAAGCUGCGACCCGCGCAAGUGCAGGAGGUCUUCAUCAGCCUCCCUUACAAUACGACGGUGUUGUACGAAGCCCGGAAGAACGUCGCGGUGAUCCAACGACACCUGCUGGAGCUGCGUGGGUACUCAGCUCGCUCGUACCUGCAGGAAGCUUUCGAUGCGGGGAGGUUCUCUAUCCCUCGCUCGGAAGCCAGUGGCAAAGGGUGCUGGGUUAGAGAAGGGAACGACGAAAUCCUCAAACGUCUAACUUGGUUCGGGGUGCCGGUCUGGUACGUCUCUCGCGCCGCCACUCCCGCCCCUGGGCGAAUACUCUCCUUCGCUCCCCUCGACUGUCGCCUCUCGCUCGACCCUUGGGACGAGGCGGAACACGGUCCCCGAGUCCACAUCGGGAAGAAGACGAAGAAACGUCUUGCGCAGGAGAAAGCCGAACAGGAUGACGCGGACGAGGACUCGGAUUUCUUCUAUCCUCCUCGCAGCCGACCGUGUCUCCCCCUUCCCACUCCGUCCAGCAGUAGUCGAGCGCCGCGGACCCCUGCGCCGGUUCCCUCCCUCCUCCCUCCAUCAUUGUCGGACGAGGAGGGGUGGAUUAACCACCCACCAGUCUCUCCCCUCCCUGUCCCUCCGGAAGAAAGGAUCCUUCUUGGCAGGACUCCCUCGCCGCGAGCAGGGUCCCCUAUGGUGAUCUCCCCCCCGCGCCCGACACGCGUGAGCCCAGCCAGGAGGGAGGAGAGCAGGACUCCGAUACCUUCCGCUCUGGUCGUGAACGAUCGCGAGUCUCGGGGACGCGUUCGACCCGCCGAACCGUUCCCUAGGACCCCGAUCCCUCCUCGUCGCCGACCAUCCCCAUCGCCGCGCAGGAUGGAACUUCCUCCUGGAAGACCGUCCCCGCCUCGCCCGAGGUCCCCCAGGCGUACUAGACCAGCGUCCCCCCCACGCGGGAGAUCCCCUGCCCGACUCGGCGAAAGACGAGACUAUGGCAGGCUGCGUCUCUCUCCUGUUCGUUGGCGCCCUUGGGAACGGAGGCCCCGUAGUCCUCCACGUCGCUGCAGCCCCAGAAGGCGAUCCCCUUCUCCCCGGACCAGGGUGCCGCACGCUGGCCCAAGUCGUCAGCGCUCCCGGUCUCCUAGGUCUGAACCGCCUGCAAUCCGUCCCGGUCCGAGCACCGCACCCUCCGCUUCGAUCAACCCCCGGCCCUCUGAGUCCCAACGUCCCCCUCUCAUUGAACGCCUCGCAUCUCGACCCCCCGAGCAGAGCCUCUCCUUGAUCGACCGGAUACAACGCGCUUCCCUCCUGUCACGACUGCAGGAAGCAGAACUCCCGGGACGUACCGAGCUUGAGCCAUCCCCAUCAGGAGCGCUGAUCGAUCGAAUAACUCGCCCGUUGAGCGAAAGGAUCAGCGACGAACGCAUUGCGGGAGAAGGAGAGGCGCCCCCCGAGGAACAAACGUAUUCCCAACCACCCGGAAUGGUUGAGGAAGACGUCGAGGUCGUCACCCUAGCCGCUCCCGCCCCGACGGCGAGCGAAGGGCUCCACGUCGUGCAACUGCCGUCUGGUAUUCCGCUGAGGACGCGCCUCCCCAUAACCACGGGCGAGGAAGCCAUCGCGUACCUACGCGAACCAUUCGAACGAGGUUCUCAAUCGCCAGCAUUCAGGCUCAGGGACGAGGACGAUUACGGUCCGGAACCCUUUUACCCACCCUCCGGCCAACAUCCGGUUCCCCCCCCGCACCUCCUACUCGCCGCUGGAGACGAAGGCUACCUAGCGACUAUCCUGUGGCUGAAAGCGCGCGGACCAUGCCUCGCCGGACUCUCGGCCCCGCCUCAGCAGUGGGCCACUUCUAACUCGAAGCAGUGGCAAUCUCGCCUUCGCGGUGCCAAGCCCUUGCAGGUCGCCGCGCGCAGCAUCCCCACGAGACCUCUCCCGGACGACGUCAUCUCCCCCUUUCGCAACCCACUCCCGCACGAGCGCGAGAACGAAACCUGGGAGCUUCGAACGUUCCAUUUCCGACUGGACUUCGAACGCUUGGCGCAGCAGAUGCACCCGGGCAUCCAGGCGGCCUCCAGCAGUACCGCAAGAGGUACGAUCUGGGCCGGCAUCCGCGACCGUAUCCGCCGCGUCUGGGGGGCUGGGACGACUCUAUACCCGUCGACACUCGAACCUCGCUACUUCGACAACGAGGAUGACCUGGUGAGGCUGCGUCACUGGUUCGCCCUGGGACGGUUGAUGCUGGAGUGGAACCUUCGACCCGACCUCGAGCACGACCUUCAAGUCGCGAUGGGGGGCUCUGUGACGGAUGCGGCGGACCGCAUACGAAACGUAUUCAUCACACUGUAUAAACGACAGUUUAAUAAUCGCGACCCGCAGGUCUUCACGCCUCAAUACCCGGGAGCGCGCGCCCGGGAAAUAGACGCCUUCUUCUUGCUCUCAAACUACCUCGUACGCUUGCGACUUACCGCACCGUCCGAGACUGAGAGCCCUAAGGCGAUACCCGCUGCCCGCGCUCCUCGCCGGGUUAGCCCUCAGAGUGAGCUCCUCGCCACUCUGACCACGUGGACUCCUCGUCCACGUACGAACCUCUACGCGGACUCCUCGUCCAGCGAACGACCUGCUAGACCAACGUCUAGUUACGACCUAACGACUAUCGACUGGGCCACUUAG